AUGUCAAUUCUCUCCUAUAUAACAACCGGUCUAACCGGCUACUUCGCCGUAACUGUCUCCUUCUUCGCCUUAUCCGCCGCCAAAGUACCCAAAGCCGGAUUCAUAGCCCGCUGUCUAUCCUCGUACGCUUCUCUGAUAAUAUGCGCUACAUACGGCGUUAUUGCAUCCAUAGUCCUGCGACUGGUCGGAUACGGCCGCGUAUCGCAAUGGGCUACUGCGCGCAGUUUCAAAUGGGUUAUGUGGUUCGCUACAGGUGUACAUUUCGAUAUAAUCGAAGGCGAGAAAUAUCUCUCUACUCGACCCGCCGUCUUUAUCGGAAACCAUCAGACGGAGUUGGAUGUGUUGAUGCUGGGCGCUAUCUUCCCACCGUAUUGUAGCGUGACCGCUAAGAAAUCGUUGAAAAGUUGGCCGUUUUUGGGCUGGUUUAUGGCUUUGUCGGGUACGGUGUUUAUUGAUCGUGCGAAUCGUGAGACGGCGGUUAAGGCGUUUGAUGGUGCGGCGAGGGAAAUGCAGGAGUUUAAACAGAGUGUUUUUAUUUUUCCGGAGGGCACGAGGAGUUAUGCGACCAAGCCGGAGUUGUUGCCGUUUAAGAAAGGGGCGUUUCAUUUGGCCAUCAAGGCCGGUGUGCCUAUUGUCCCUGUUGUGGUGGAGAAUUAUCCUCAUGUGUUGAAUCUGAAGAAGUUGCAGUUUGAGGCUGGGGAGAUUAAGGUUAAGGUGCUACCUCCUAUUGAAACGAAGAAUCUUACACCUGCGGAUGUCGACAAGUUGACUACCGAUACGCGCGAGCUUAUGCUCAAGACGUAUACUGCAUUGUCGAACAAGUCCGCGCAGCAACUCGACGGUGCAGUGACUCGCGGAUCUUCCACUGCUGUGGAGAUCUAA